AUGAACAUGCUCUUCUGGAAGGCUCUCGCAACAGCGUUGGCUGUCUUGCCAAUUGCAAGCGCAAUCACUCCCGAGGAGCUUCUUGCUGCCCCGCGACGAAGCGACCUUUCUCCGAAUCCGCCAGGCGAAAUCGGCAUCUUCAGUUCGACGAAUUAUUCAUGGGAGUCCCACAAAGCUCAUACGGUGUGGAACACUGUGAACUUGACGACAGGCGAAAUCUCGUUGCUAUACAAUGGCUCUGAGAUCUCUGAAAUCGUGUGGGUUGGACCAACAAACACGAGCAUCCUUUACAUAAACGGGACCAAUGAAGAAGACGAUGGUGGCAUCAGCAUAUAUGGCGGAGACAUUACCGCACUAGACGAGGCUUAUCUCAUCGCCUCCCUGCCCGCCCCGUACUCUGGCCUGAAAGCCGUCGCCACCUCUUCGGGAGACGUCAAUUUCCUCGUGAACGCGCUGGCUUGGCCAAAUGGAACGGCAUAUAACGAAGCCCUGGUUGAGCAGCCAUUGAGUACGGCGAGGAUCUACGACAGUAUCUACGUCCGGCACUGGGACACGUGGCUCACCGAGCGUAAAUAUGCCGUCUUCGCCGGCACUCUGACAGGAGGAGAUAAGUAUUCCUUUUCGGGGAACUUGACAAAUCUGGUUUCCGCCAUCUCCAAUGUCACCCGCGCUGAAAGUCCCGUUCAGCCGUUUGGCGACUCGGGCGACUACGACAUCUCGCCUGAUGGCACUACAGUUGCUUUCUUGACCAAAAAUAUCGACCUUCCUCUGGCAAACUAUACGUCUUCUCAAAUCUAUCUCGUCCCUCACAAUGGCUCCUCCAAAGCCGUUCCCAUCAACGGGUUCUCGGGCCCCUCGACUCCUCCUAAUGCCCAGGGCGCUUCAGCCCAACCACACUUUUCUCCGGAUGGGUCGAAGAUUGCGUAUUUCCAACAGGAUGGCAUCUCUUACGAAUCCGACAAGAACAAAGUCUAUGUUGCAAACGUCGACUCUGAAAAUUUCAACAUCACUGUGCUGGCGGAGAACUGGGAUAGCACUCCCGAUCAAGUGUCAUGGUCUGUGGAUGGCACAUCGCUCUUCGUUGCGGCGCCCGAUCUUGGAAACGAGCGCAUUUUCGAGAUUCCGUUGUCUGCGCAGGCCGACUUCAAGCCGGCUAACCUGACGGAUUCUGGCGUUGUGGCCUCGUACUACGUGCUGCCCGAUGGAAAUCUUCUGGUGUCCGACUCGAAAAUUUGGUCUUCUCGUGAUUUCUACAUCAUCUCACCAGAUGGGGCCCUUGUUACUGACCUUUUCCAUGCCAACCAGGUCGAUCCAGAGCUUGCCGGUCUGGGACCAGACGACGUGUCUGAGUUUUAUACUCAAGGUAGCUUUACUCAGGUGCAGAGCUGGUUGAUAUUCCCCAAGGGAUUUGAUCCAAGCAAAAAAUAUCCGUUAGCGUUCAUUGUCCAUGGCGGUCCUCAAGGUGGCCAUUACAACUCCUGGAGCACCAGAUGGAACUUCAAGGUUUGGGCUGAUCAAGGAUACGUGGUGGUUGCCCCCAAUCCAACCGGCUCCACGGGCUGGGGCACGGCUUUCCAAGACGCAAUUCAAAACAACUGGGGAGGUUAUCCGUAUGAAGAUCUGGUUGCCGUCUGGGAGUACGUCGACAGCCACUUGGAUUAUGUCGACACUGAGAACGGAAUCGAAGCCGGAGCUUCCUACGGCGGUUACAUGACGAACUGGAUUCAGGGCCACGAUUUGGGAAGAAAAUUCAAGGCGCUGGUCACCCAUGACGGUGCGACGAACAUUGUUGCCCAAAUUGGCACCGAAGAAUUAUGGUUCACGCAACACGAGAUGAACGGCACUCUUUGGGACAAUCGCGACAACUAUGAGCGGUGGAACCCGAUCAAUUACAUCCAUAACUGGGCGACGCCACAUUUCGUGGUGCACAAUAGCCUCGAUUACCGACUACCAGAGUCUGAAGGAAUAGCGCUUUUCAACAUUCUACAAGAAAGGGGUAUCCCUAGCAAAUUCCUGAGUUUCCCGGAUGAGAAUCAUUGGGUUCUCAACAGGGAGAAUAGUCUAGUCUGGCACAGGGAGAUCUUUGAUUGGAUCAACCACUACUCGGGCAUCAGUGGAUGA